GUUUCCAUUCAGCCAUUGAACUGGGAAGAGUAGGGUCCAUACUGUUGUGGUUUUACUGCGACCUAUAUGUUGACUUUACAGGUAAAAUGUCGCUAUUGAACUUAUAUUAGGAACCAUUCUGCGGUGUAAGGUGAAACUAUUCGCUCGACUGGUGUCGUUGGUGAGGUGUAGGGGCAUAAUGUCUGGAGCGGCCGGUGGAGGAGGAGGCUCCUCCUGUCAGGGUGCAGCAGCGGCAGCCAGUUGCAGCUCCGCCGGCUCACCCUACGCUGCUGCAGCCGGGGGAGGCGUAGGAGUGGCCGGGAGGCUGCCAGCUCGGGUCCUGGAGCAUGUUUUUUCAUAUUUGGAGCUCUCCGACUUAAUGCGUUGUGCAUUGGUGUGCUGGCACUGGAACAAUAUCCUGGCGGAUGAAAACAGCGAGGUGUGGCGCAGCCUCUGCAGCCGGACUUUGAGCGAUGAAGCUCUGCGUUCUGACAUCCUGUGCAACCUGCCCACCUACAGAGGAAAACUCAAGGCCUUUCAACACGCUCUGAGCUCCCACGACUGCUCCCGCAACGUUUACGUGAAGAAGAACGGCUUCACCCUGCACCGCAACCCCAUCGCCCAGAGCACGGACGGGGCACGUGGAAAGAUCGGCUUUUCGGAAGGGAGGCAUGCCUGGGAGAUCUGGUGGGAAGGCCCUCUGGGCACCGUGGCGGUAAUAGGCCUCGCCACAAAGCGGGCGUCCAUGCAGUGCCAGGGCUACGUGGCCCUGCUGGGUAGCGAUGACCAGAGUUGGGGCUGGAACCUGGUCGACAACAACCUGCUUCAUAACGGGGAGGUCAGUGGGAAUUUCCCACAGUGUAACAAUGCGCCAAAAUAUCAGAUCGGGGAGAGAAUACGUGUGAUUCUAGACAUGGAUGACAAGACGUUAGCAUUUGAAAGGGGUUUUGAGUUUCUUGGAAUAGCGUUUCGUGGACUGCCCAAAGCUUGCCUGUUCCCCGCUGUCUCCGCAGUGUACGGCAACACUGAAGUCACCAUGGUGUACCUGGGGAAACCUCUAGAUGGCUAGAAACAAAGUUACUCGUGCCACCAUUAAAUCCAACAGGCUAGUGGAAUGUUCAGGACUUUUUCUGUCAACAGACUGCCAACUCUGUUCGGAGUCCAGGGGUUCAUGUUCCUUCCAAGCCGAAUAACUGUUCACACACACAAACAGAACUGUUCGCAUUUCUACUACAGCCCAUCAUAAGGAGUCAGUUUUUAGACUGGACAAACUACAGGGAAAAGGAAUGUGCCCAGUCCGUUUCUGUAUCAUCGUGGAAGUGUCCACUUUUACAAUUUAGCUGCUGGACUGUUUUAUUUACAGGAUAGGGGAACGUUAUUUAAUGUCAUGGGAUUCAGGCUCACAGCGCCGAACGUUCACUUGAGAUUUUAUGUCUGCUUAAACGAGGCCAAAACUGUUCUUAACUGUGGCAAAUACUUUAAGACGUAAUUUAACAAGUGAAACAGUAGUUGUCAUCGAUAGUUAUCUGUUGUACUGUUUGAAUUAACUGAAACAGCUCAUUGUGAAUUAGCACAGUUUAACUAUGAUCAACGACUGGAUUAUUAUUAUGGUUAUAUGCCAAAUCAAUGUGAGCUGAUGUUAAUAUUUUGCUUUAGGCAAACACAGAGGACGUGCGGACCAGGCGCAUGCAUGUGCAUGGAUACUGGGGUAUGGACCGUAACACCUGACCUUUUAAUAUACCUGUCCAGUAAUGGUGGAAACUAUACCUGUAUCAUGUUAAUGUGUGUCCUCGUUAAUGUGCUACCGUAGUAUUACACACUAUUUAUUUUUUGUUUUAUCUAUGGUACUAGAGAUUCUGUAUAAGGCCUGAAAAUAAAGUCUACAUGGUGC